AGCCCUCUGUUUCUGUUGCCUUCAUAUACAAAAUAGGGUUGGGUUGUGUUGUGUGUGCCACUCUGAACAAAUGUUGAGUGCUUAAUUUGGCUCUCCCAUUUUUUCUCUUCGUUUAAAUUUCUUGGGAUUUUGGAAAACAUUUUUCAUCUCCGUUGGAGCAACAUGGGCUAUUGCCCAUGUUUCGGGUUCAGGAAGGGGAAGAAGCUCAAGAGCGACACAGACGAAAAGAAAGACGUCGGGAAGACGACAAUACGCAAGCCUGAGGAGAAUGUGGCUCAAUUGUCUUCUGAAGAUGGAACUAAUGCUGAAAAUAAGGCUCAGACAUUCACCUUCCGUGAGCUUGCAACUGCAACUAAAAAUUUUAGGACGGACUCCUGUAUCGGAGAAGGUGGAUUUGGGGCUGUAUACAAAGGAAAAUUGGGAUCUGGUCAACAGGUUGUCGCAGUAAAAAAACUCGAUCAGACGGGUCUUCAAGGAGAAAAGGAGUUUCUGGUGGAGGUUCUCAUGCUUUCUCUUCUGCGUCACCCUAACCUUGUCAGUUUAAGUGGUUACUGUGCUGAAGGGGAGCAGCGCCUGCUUGUCUAUGAAUUCAUGCCCUUAGGGUGCUUGGCAGAUCACCUCCACUAUCCUCCACCUGGUAAGGAGCCACUUGAUUGGAAUACAAGGAUGAUGAUAGCUGCAGGUGCAGCCAGGGGAUUGGAAUAUCUUCACCAUGAAGCUGAUCCACCUGUAAUAUAUAGGGAUGUAAAAUCAGCUAACAUUUUAUUGGGCGAAGGUUUCUUCCCAAAGCUUUCUGAUUUUGGGCUUGCAAAAUUUGGUCCAACCGGAGAUAGAUCGCAUGUUUCCACCAGGGUCAUGGGUACUCAUGGUUACUGUGCUCCUGAAUAUGCUAAAAGCGGAAAGCUGACAGCAAAGUCUGACAUUUACAGUUUCGGGGUAGUAUUGUUGGAGCUGAUCACUGGACAUAAGGCGAUUGAUAGCAAUCUUGGUCGUGAGAAGCAUCUUGUUGAGUGGGCACGUCCUUUCAUGAAAGACCACAAGAAUGUUGCGCAACUUGCGGAUCCACAGCUUAAAGGUAGCUUUUCAGUAUCUGUCUUGAAGAAAGCCUUUGAAGUGGCUUCCAUGUGUCUCAGAGAAGAUGCUGGUGCCCGGCCUUCAAUGAGGGAUAUUGCGCUUGCUAUGGAUUACUUGGCAUCCCGUCCAUAUAAUGAACCAAAUGAGACCAACAAGGUUGAAGUAAAGGGUUCAGGGGAUAACUCUCCAGAUGAAACAACUAUGUUAAACAAGGAGUUGGAGAGAGAAAGAGCUGUUGCUGAGGCCAAGGUGUGGGGAGAGACUUGGAGAGACAAACGAAGACAAGGAACUCCAUAAACCACUUGGUUCCCGAUAAUGUUGGUGGUAGGGAUAGGAUCAGGUGGCUUCCGGCUAAAGAUGGAGUCUAUACUCUAUAGUAUUGCUUGUGCUUGGGAGAAACUCAGAAAUUCUAGGCCUCUGACAGCUUGGGCUGAUCUGUCUGAUGUGAAUUAGCAACAAUAAUGUUGAGGGGAGGAGGUUUCCAUCCUUUGGUUAGCUAACAAAGGUUUUGCUGGAGUCUCAUGAGUACAUAGUACUCUAGAGUGCAUGGUGAAUAUGGGAUCAUUUCUGGUCUCAUCUUUGUUAAUUGGGCUGCUGUGCUGUUGAGAGUGGAAAGGUAAACAAGUGCAUUAUGAUAUGUAGUGAAAAAGCUUUGCCUGGCUCUGGCUCUGGCUCUGGCUGGCUGGGAUUGUGGAUCAUAUCUGGAGGUGGAGAAAUGAUAGGAUUUUGGGAAUGAGAGCAAAGCUUGCCAUGGCUGUGCUGUGUUCAACUUUUAAGAUUUCGAGUCUUCCUGUGGAUGGCCAAAGCUUGUGCUGCUCAAAUUGUGUGAGCCAUUUAUGCAGUAAUCUUCCUGUAAUUUUGAAAGCUGCUGGAGUCUUCCUUUGUGUCUGUUGUGUUGCCCUCUGCUCUGUGCAAGGCUUUGCAUUGUGUCUGUUCUGUUGUGUAUACACUUACAGUGGAAGUGGUUAUUGACGCUGUCAGUUAUUUCUGUUUUA